GCCCGUGGUCUUGGGGAUUUUUCUCCAGGUCCUCCGGUUUUUCCCUCUACAUUUAGAAACGUGUUUAAAGCAUUUGGCCGCUAGAAAUUUCCAAGUGAUCAGCCACUUCAUUGAGCUGUAUGUUUGUGAUGGAGCAUGUUCUCCCUGUAGUCACGUGGAUUCUUUCUCUGGGCCACCCCGGUUUUAUUCACUCCACAUUUAGAAACACGCGCUUAAGAGUAUCUGGCUGCUAUACAUUUCCAAAUUUGUGGCCAGGUGGCUUCUGAAAAAGAGCUAUAGAGCUCAGUGGGCCUUACCUGAUACAAUAAAAAAAAAUAGUUUAGCUUUUAAUAGAAGGGCCGUGGCCGCAACAAGAGCUGGUUGUGUCACUGUGGUGAAAGUGCAGCCCUGCAAUUUGCUUUGCUGAUGACACUGCUGGUGGAAGGGCCUCCUCUACAGAGAGCUCUUUAGAGAGCUCCUCUCCAGGCUAUUUGGUACAGGCGUACCUCGGUGUAAUUGCUCCUUAGGGACCAGAGCACCGCAAUAAACCGAAAAUGGCAAUAAAGCAAGUCACAUGCUUUUUUUUUCACUUGCAAAUGCAUAUAAAAGCCUUAAAACACGUUCAAAUUACACUAUAUUCAACGCGCAAUGCAGCUACAGUAUGCCUAAAUGAACGAUGUACGUAAAUGAAUAGAAAGCAAAAAUUACGCCGACUGACUCGCUAAGUUCACAUGCAAAAAGCGGGAGUUGCAGAUGAUGAUGAUAAGCCAAUCAGAUUUGAAAUGAUGUACGUAUGUAAUUAUUCAUCGAAUUUUAUUCUCUUGCUAAGUUGAGAAUCUUGAGAUGCGACAUUUAUCUUGAGAUGCGACAUUUUAAAAAAGCGCAAUUAUAGCGAAGCGCAAUAAAGCGAGGUACGCCUGUACUGUACUCUUCUCCACACUGAAGAAGAGGUGGGAGUAUCCACGCUUACCCCCACCACACGCGAUCGGCCGAUAAACUUUUUGAUGUACCCAUUUAAACUCAUGGACAGAGGUCGAGGUAGAUUUUUAGAAACUUGUCCAUUGUUUCAACCGCCUUGCCGGGAGGUUGAACUGGUGACUUCUGAAUUGCAAUUCGAGUGUUCCAAUCAUUACACCACGGCAUCAUCCUUCUUGUUGAAAUCUAAGACGACACUUUAAUGCAAUGGUUCAGUGGUGAUGUUUUGUGACUCCAGGUUGAGGAGGCUACAAUUCCACCCCAGUUUUUUCCGGUGUUUGGUGAUAACUCGCACAGGUGGACUUACGGUGAAUUGGAACACGAGUGCUGGGCGCCCACCAGACCAUUUGUGAGAAGCUGCAUGUGCCCGUCUGGUGGAGAAUGCGGUGAUUAUGAAGCCACUGCCACCAAAUUCCAGCUUCUCACUGGGUCGCUAUGCAAGCCUGUGGGUUGCUGUGAGCAGGACCCGGGGUCCCAACCCUGCCACGCCAACAAGCGCAAAUCCAAGCGAGGCGGUGGCAAGACUCCCAAUGUAAACGGCACCGACGAUAUCAUCGGCGGUAGCAACAAUGUGGUGGAAGACGGUGGUGACGAGGAGGGGAGCGGAGCGGCGCUGCGUGAUUACCUGCAGCUGGGAGUGGCACUGGAGCAGCUGUACGAAGAGUGGAGUCGCGUAGAUCCGCACUUCGCUCGUGUCGCCGGACACUUUCCUGGAGUGCGGGUGCUUCGUCAGGACCCCGUGGAAUGUCUCUUCUCCUUCAUCUGCACCUCCAACAACCACAUCUCGCGCAUUACCGUCAUGCUGGAGCGGCUGUGUGCUUCGCUGGGCGAGCUCGUGUCCACGCAGGAUGGCGUCGCCUACCACGCUUUCCCCUCUCUGCAGGCGCUCUCUGGGGACGGUGUGGAGGAGCAGCUGCGUGAGCUGGGAUUUGGCUACCGCGCCGGCUUCGUGGCCAAGAGUGCUCGCGCCGUGCUGCAGAGGGGUGGCGCCCCUUGGUUGACGUCGCUCCGCACCGCGCCGCUCGCCGAAGCCCGGGCGCAGCUCGUGCAACUGCCCGGCGUAGGGGCCAAGGUGGCUGACUGCGUGUGCCUCAUGUCGCUGGACAAACCGCAUGCCGUACCAGUGGACACGCACGUGUGGCAGAUCGCACAGCGAGACUACCACACCACGCUGGGCAGUGGGCGCAAGAGCCUGACCGACAAGACCUACGUUGCAGUGGCGGACUUCUUCCGUGAGCUGUGGGGGCCGUAUGCCGGCUGGGCGCAGUCGGUGCUGUUCAGUGCCGACCUGCCCAAGUUCAAGAGCUACAAAUCCGAGGAAGCAAAGAAAACCGGGAAAUCAUGUUGAUGCUGCUGUGCUCACCGCAUAGAACGAUUCCCACUACAGCCAUGCAGACUUUUGGGGAAAGGGCUGUUGGCCAGCAUCAAUUAAGGACAGCACAGGUGCGUUAGGCGGUGGUGUCGUCGGAACCAUGCCUGGCUGUCUGUCUUCCCAGUGCUGUUUACAGUCUUUCAAAGCUGAAGACUCCCAAGAUAGGGUUGGAAACCACUGAAGUUAGCUGUGGCUGGGAAUCAAACUCGGGUCAAUGGGUUUGCAGCGCAGUGAGCUGCCUACAUGCAUGCACCCACUCACACGGCAAUACACGUACAUGCAUGCACACAUACACACAUGCACACAUUAUUCACACCCCAAGAUACACCUGCACGUUCACACUGACAUACGUUUGCGCGCGCGCGCGCGCGCACACACACUACCCGUGCACCCCAGAUUAUGCACCUUUACUCACGUACACACACUCCUGCUUUUCCUGUCCAGUUCAACGUGCAUUCACACAGCCAGACAACACGCUUGGCAUUGCGUACACAGCCACAUGUAUGCCACUCCCGCUAGCAAUGUGAUAUGCAAACACGCCAGUGUAAACCUUUAGUAAAAUUAAAUGAUGCCGUUUUAAUUUUUUACAAAUAAAUACUGUAAAGAUUAAAUAACA